UACCGCACACAGCCGCGGCGGCGCCAGAGAGAGCCCCUCCACCACCACCAGCACACAUACACACACUGCUCCGCUAAAGAUGUGAAAAUGGCGGAGCUACAAAUGCUACUGGAAGAGGAGAUUCCAGCCGGACGAAGCGCGCUACUGGACAGUUUCACCAAUUUGGAAAGAGUCGCGGAGUACUGCGAGAGCAACUAUGUCCAGUCUCCGGACAAACAGAGGGCGCUGGAAGAGACUAAGAACUACACCACCCAGUCUCUGGCCAGCGUAGCCUACCUGAUCAACACGCUGGCCAACAAUGUCCUGCAGAUGCUGGACAUCCAGGCCUCGCAGCUCCGCCGCAUGGAGUCCUCCAUCAACCACAUCUCACAGACGGUGGACAUCCACAAAGAGAAAGUAGCACGGCGGGAGAUUGGCAUCCUCACCACCAACAAGAACACAUCCCGCACACACAAAAUCAUCGCCCCAGCUAAUCCUGAGAGGCCUGUGCGCUACAUCCGCAAGCCCAUCGACUACAGCCUGUUAGACGACAUGGGUCAUGGAGUCAAGUGGUUGCAAAGGUUUAAGGCCAGCGCUCAGAACAUGAAGGCCGGAGGAGGCGCACUCCCUCGCACCAACCCCCCCACACAGAAGCCCCCCAGCCCGCCUAUGACAGGCAAAGGGACCCUUGGGCGCCACUCCCCCUAUAGGACACUCGAGCCGGUGCGUCCACCCGUUGUCCCUAACGACUACGUCUCAAGCCCGACGCGCAACAUGGCGCCCCCCCAGCAGAGCCCUGCACGCACUGCAUCUGUUAAUCAGAGGAACCGCACGUACAGCAGUGGGAGCAGCGGAGGCAGCCACCCCAGCAGCAGUCGCAGCAGCAGCCGGGAGAACAGCGGCAGUGGCAGCGUGGGCAUACCCAUCGCUGUGCCGACCCCAGCCCCACCCAACGCCUUCCCAGGUAAUGCCUUCCCUGUCCCAUCCAACCCCACCAAACCUCCCUCCAACACCCCCACCUCUGCCACAACCCCUGGUCCCCCAGGGCCUUCUGCCCUAGACAGCCCCCCGCAGGCCCCCAACCCACCUGUAGAGAUCCCGCCUGUACCACCACCCCCUCCCCAGCUCCCUACCUCUGCGGCUCCCACUGGCACAGGCCCCACCACUUUCGGCAACCCUGCACAAGGUGCACCUCAGUUCUACAGCAUGAACCGCCCAGCGCAGCAGCAGAACCCGCAGGUGGGAGGUUCCCUUCCAUACCGCCGACCUUCGUCUGUCACCGGUCAGCCCAACAUGGCCCAGAGCCAGCUCAACGGUGGACCACACUUCGCCCAGAACCAAGGUUUGUUUAUCCCAAGUGCAGCGGCUUUAGUCAUUUACAAUCCAUGAGUUUAAGGGGUUCUA